GCGCACAAUGGAGUUGAUUAAGGAUCUCUUUCAUAGGGCCUGGCACUAUGGAUCAGUCAAAGACGCUUUUCCUAUUUGCUCUAUCCCAACAUGAUUACAAACUUAAUUUGUCAAUCGGAAGAAUCAAUGGCGGAUCUAUGGGCUUAAAGAGUGUCCAAGAAAAGCUGCACUGUCAUCAUCUGUGUGCAAACUCUCUCCGAGUCUUGGGCUUCAUAAUUGAUGAUGAGUGGGGGAAACGUGAGGGUCCAACUAAGGGUGUUGAUGGUAGUGAUAGGAAUGAUGAUGAUGGUGGUUGGGAGGGUGACUUCACAGAAUUAUGAAGAUGCCUUGACCAAGAGCAUUUUGUUCUUUGAAGGCCAAAGAUCUGGGAGGUUGCCUCCUUCGCAGAGGAUGACUUGGAGGAAGGAUUCUGCGCUUAAUGAUGGCACAGAGAGCAAUGUGGACUUGGUAGGAGGAUACUAUGAUGCUGGAGACAAUGUAAAAUUCAAUUUUCCAAUGGCAUUCACCACAACCCUUCUAGCAUGGAGUGUGUUGGAAUUUGGGCAGUUCAUGGGCUCAGACCUGCAAUAUGCACUAGAUGCAAUUCGAUGGGGCACUGACUACUUCCUCAAGGCAACGAGCAUCCCUGGCACUGUCUUUGCUAUAGUUGGUGAUCCAUAUGGUGACCAUAGUUGCUGGCAAAGGCCUGAAGACAUGGACACCCCUCGGACUUCAUAUGCCGUUACAACAACAAACCCGGGCUCAGAAGUCUCAGCAGAGAUGGCUGCUGCCCUUGCAGCCUCUUCCAUGGUAUUUCAGGCUUAUGAUGCUCAAUAUUCCCUUACACUUCUCAACCGGGCUGCAAUGGUGUUCGACUUUGCAGAUAUGUAUAGGGGUUCCUAUAAUGAUGUUUUUGGUGCGCUCGUCUGCCCAUAUUAUUAUUGUGAUGGCAGCGGUUAUGCGGAUGAAUUGAUUUGGGCAGCAGCAUGGUUGUACAAGGCAACUAAUAACCAGUCUUAUUGGGAUUAUGUUCUUAAGCACAUUAACAGCUUGCCGCAGUAUAUAAAGAGGAUGGAUACGGAUGGAAUGCCAGUAUCUGGGGGUAGCUUUGCAGAAUUUGGAUGGGAUUCAAAACAUGCAGGCAUUAACAUCCUUGUUUCCAAGUUGGUAAUAGAUAGACAACUCAACCCUAGUCCCUUUGUCUUCAACGCUGACAAAUUUGCAUGUUCCAUAUUGCCUGAAUCACCAACGAAAUCUGUCACAUACUCUCCAGGUGGCCUUCUAUUCAAACCUGGAUCGUGUAACAUGCAACAUGUAACAGCACUGUCCUUUCUUCUUCUUGUUUAUUCCCGCUACUCAAAUGAUGCCCAAAGAGGCAUUCAGUGCGAUAAUUUUGUUGUCCCUCCUUCUAGGCUUGUGCAAGUCGCCCAAAGCCAGGUGGAUUACAUCUUAGGAAAAAAUCCAUUGGGUAUGUCAUACAUGGUGGGAUAUGGAAACAGCUUUCCGCAGAGGAUACACCAUCGAGCCUCAUCCUUACCUUCCGUGGAUGCAUACCCCGCUCACAUCGACUGUCAAGGCGGAUCGCAGUACUUUCAAACAGAAAAUCCUAAUCAAAACUUACUAAUAGGAGCUGUUGUUGGAGGACCUGCAGCAGAUGAUUCAUAUGUAGAUUUUCGCAUUGAUGUUUCACAAUCAGAGCCAAUCACGUAUAUAAAUGCUCCUCUUGUGGGGGCAUUAGCAUACUUCAAAGCAUUUCCAUCCUCAUAGAAUGUCUUAUUACAAUGAGCUCACUUGAACAGGGUAUUGUUUUAUUUUUGCUAUCUAAA